AUGGAGAAAAGCUCACAGGAAAGUUCCAGCUCCGAUUCCAGCUCGUCGGAUUCGGAGAAGAGCAGCUUUGGGUGCGCCAGUGAGAAGGCUAGCCCGAGCCCGAAAAGGUUGAAACGAAAGAGUGCCGGGGCAAAGUCAUCGGCCAAGCCCAAAUCUAGCGCCGAGAAGCCUCGACACAGGAUUACCAAAAAGUCUGGGCCGGGGGACAAUGAGAAGCUCAAGGCUGCUUGCGACAUGGCUGAGAAGUAUGUGCAGACGAUCAAAGAGAUCAAAUGUGACACAUUGUGGCGAUCUUGCAUCAGGAUCCAUGAGGUUGACCGCAGAGUGGCCAAAGAAACUUCCACAGUUUCAGCUCUCAAGACGGCCAUGGAGUCUGACCAGGUGGACCAGGAUCAGAGAAAGCAUGCGGAAGACUUCAUCAUGGAGAUUGAGAAUCAGUGCAGGUUCAUCCGGAACAUGAAGGAUUUCUGUCGAUUGGCUCGGUCCAUGAAGGUUGAGGAGUUCGUCGCCGAGGCAAGCUCUACUACAGGGUCUUUGAUCAAGUGCCUGUCGCAGGAUGACUUUGCGGCAGGUCAGAUGCUGGUGAAGGAGCCGAUGACUCUCAGGGACAUCAUGCACUUUGCUGGCAAGAAGCUCCUUGAUGCUCCGGUCUUCUUUGAGUUCAUCCAGACCUACACCUCGGUUGAGACCCCUUCGCAGUCAUUUCGUUUCCAAUGGUUCCUGACAACACUUCCCUUUGCCAAGCAGGACAAGAACAGGCUUUGGGCGACAUUGCUCCAGACGCAGCAGAAUUUGGUCAAUGAAUGCUUCGAUCGCAUCCGCGGUGGUGCUACUCUGGAUUCUUUGCAGGCCUUUGUUCCGAAGGCUUUGAAGACUGCUGAUCUGGGAGACCCAAAGAGGUGGUUGCCGAAGAGUGAGCACGUGGACCAAUUGGAGGAGUUUCAGAAUGAAAAUGGCCUUUGCUGCCAGUCCAUGCAGGACCUGCAAAAGGUCUUGGUGUGCCUGGAACUGCAUGGCUCCAACAUGGAGAAGGCUGACAAGCGGUUCAUUGCAACAGUGGCAGGAUUUUCUGGGUUCAGCCCAAAGGUGAGCGACGCCAUUGGUGCCCAGCCAGAUUGGAGGCGCCCCGCAUUGGCGGACCAAGGCAGUGGUCAGAAGAAGACCAAGCAAAAAGAACCGGCACUGGCAAAAGAGUCGAAGGAUAAAGCCAUCAAGAGACCCACAAGAUUGUCUGUAGCUAAGAAGGUUGGUUUGGUUCAGACUGCCUUGCGUCCGUUUGCCAUGUUCUGCAAAGAGAAGAGACUUCGGGCGCAGGAAGGAAGCGUGGCGUGGAAGCAGCUUAGUGGGAAGGAAAAGCAGACAUUUGAACAGUUGUCCCGGGAGUCUUUUGCAGCCCAAAGAUUGCAGACCAGUCGGGCUGGCUUGCAGCUUCGAAAGCGGCAGUGUGAUGAAUCUGAAAAAGGGCUUCGAUUUGAUCGGAAAAUCGGUGGCUUUGCAGCCUUUCUCAGGGACACUGGCAAACACAUCAAAGAAGGCAGCUCCAUGUGGAAACAGCUUCCGCAGGAAGAGAAAGAGAAGUACUUCCAGAAACCAAACAGCCAGAGCAACUCUCAGACCGAUGACCCAACUGCUGCAGUAGCCCAAAGUUCCUCGCAGGCGCCUGCUAGUCAAUUGGGUGACUACAUCGUCAAGAAGGGCUGCGCACGUGGUCGGGGUACAUAUGGCACUGUCUAUGUGGUUGAGCACACCGCAUCAGGCAGACUUUAUGCUGCAAAGGUUGAGACGGUCACAGUCAGCUUGCAUGAUGAGGCAGCUGCACUUCUGAAGUUGGAUCACCCGAGCAUUUUGCCCAUCAUCGACAAAAGCAUUGUCUUGGGUGGUCUCAGCUGGCUUGUGAUGCCGUAUGUUCCCAAUUCCCUGCAUUCAUGGCUGCACCGUGGACAUCCCUUUCCUCAUGAAGCCCAAAGAGCAUUGUUGUUCCAGCUUUUUGAUGGCCUUGCUCAUGUUCAUGCUCGAUGCAUAGUCCAUGCAGAUGUCAAGCCUUCAAACAUUUUGUUUGACGAUCAGCGGCAAACCUUCUACAUUGUUGACUUCGGCUUGAGCUGUCCGAUCCCUGUGCCUCCUCAGAGAAAGAGAGAGCAGGCCUUCACUUUGUCAUACCGCCCCCCCGAGCUUUGUAUGCCAUUCACUGACUUGAGAGAAGUGCUUGAUGAGCUUUGUGAUGCGUGGGCAGCUGGCUUCACAGUCAUUGAGACAGCAGGGUUUGGCAGAUUCUUCACUGGAGAAAGUGAUGUGAGUAUUGCAAGUCAGAUCCAAGCACUGGCUGCCGAAAAGGCUAGUGAGAUAGGCGGAUAUCAGAUGAAAAGGUGCCUGUGGCAAAAGGCUUUGAAGCUCCGCUUGGAUUCCUCAUUGUCGCCGGAAGCGCUGCAAGAAGCUGAGGAGAUGGUGAGCUGGUUGGAGGAAGCAGCAAGGUUGUCACAGCCACAGGCACAGCAGUUUGAUUUCGGUUUCCCAAAGCGGCGAGAUCCAGCAUCUAUGGUCCCCAAACUUCAACAUGCUUUGCUGGAAGGGGCACCGGAGGUGGGGCAGAAGUUGGAGAAGGCGAUUGCAGACUUCGAAGCGUGGAUCGAUCAGACUUUGGACCCGAACUUUGAGAGGCACAUCAAGGCCAUCUUGACGUUUGGCAAUGCGAAGAUUGUGAAGGACAUCAGCAAGACCCAGAUCAAAGACCUUGCUGAGCUGAUACUUGGCUAG